AUGUAUACUGAUACAGAUACGGUUACAGAUACUGAUAACAAUACUGAUACUGAUACGGAUACUGAUACUGAUAUGAAUACCAAUAAUGAUACUGAUACUGAUACGGAUACAGAUACGGAUACUGAUACGGAUACUGAUACUGACACUGACACUGAUACUGAUACUGAUACUUAUAUUGAUACAGAUACAUAUACUGAUACUGAUACUGAUACUGAUACUGAUACUGAUACUUAUACUGAUACUGAUACUGAUACUGAUAGUGAUACUGAUACUGAUACUGAUACUGACACCGACACCGACACUGAUACUGAUACUGAUACGGAUACUGAUACUGAUACCGAUACCGAUACUGAUACUGACACUGAUACUGAUACUGAUAUUGAUAUUGAUAUUACUGACACACACCCUUAUAUGGAUACUGAUACUGACACUGAUACGGAUACGGAUCUGGAUAGUUAUACAGAUACUGUUUCAAGGACAAUAACGGAUACAGAUACUGAUACGGAUACGAAGAUCCUAGAGGAUCUUAGAAGUUUCAAGAAGUUCCAGGAGAAUCCAAGAGAAUUCAAGAAGAUCCAGGAGAAUCCAAGAGGAGAUCCAAGGAGAUUCAAGAAGUUCCAGGAGAAUCCAAGAGGAGAUCCAAGAAGAUCCAAGAAGAUUCAAGAAGUCUUAAAGUUUCAGGAGAAUCCAAGAGGAGAUCCAAGAAGAUUGAAGAAGUUCCUGGAGAAUCCAAGAGGAGAUCCAAGAAAAUCCAAGAAGUUCCAGGAGAAUCCAAGAGAAGAUCCAGGAAAAUCCAAGAAGAUCCAGGAGAAUCCAAGAGGAGAUCCAAGAAGAUCCAAGAAGUUCAAGGAGAAUCCAAGAGGAGAUCCAAGAAGAUCCAAGAAGUUCAAGGAGAAUCCAAGAAGAUUCAAGGAGUUUCAGGAGAAUCCAAGAGGAGAUCCAAGAAGAUCCAAGAAGUUCAAGAUGGAUCCAAGAGGAGAUCCAAGAAAAUCCAAGAAGUUCCAGGAGAACCCAAGAAGAUCCAAGAAGCUCCAAGACAAUCCUAGAAGAUUCAAGAACUCCCAAGAAGACUCAAGCAAUUCCAGGAGAAUCCAAGAAGAUCCAAGAAGUUCCAGGAAGAUCCAAGUAGAUUUUUUAUGUUUGACGAAAUGA